AUCCGCUCGCGUUUUCUCUACUAUGUCUGUUGACAGUGCUCAGCCCUGAAGUGAAGGACACGCUCUUUAGGAACUUUUACAUGCGAAAACUCUAAUUAUCCAUUUUUUGCCUGCGAAGCAAAAAGAAACCAAAGCAAGAAAAAAACUGUAUUAGCCGGAGAAGUUUUCAGACGAUUUUUCUCAUCUUCGACCCCUGGGCCUGAGUAUGGAAGGCGGUGGAACGCCUUUUUCGAGCAGUAUGGCCCCGUCAGGCUCUUACAUCCUUAUUGUUGUCAGCCAGCCUGUAACCGACGACCACAAGAAAUUGAUAUUGGAGAGAUUAAAUAAAGGUCUCCUAUCUUGGGAUGUUGAAUCCACUGGCUGCGAUUUGAGUGGCUUGGAAUCCGUAUGCGCCAAAAUUGAUGAGAAACAUCUUAAUGAUAAUGAUGUUCUUAUCCAGCAUUCAACGGAAAGCCUCGGAGUAGAAGUCUUGGUGAGCCCAACUGUAAGCACACUGAAACAAUGCGCCAAGAAUUUGCUUUCUACUUCAACCGGCCACAAGCACCUCAUUCAUGUGGGCUACACGUUCGCUGGUUCUGGUUCCUGGAUUUUACAGAAUGGAACCUUCUCCUUCGAUGACUUCCUCGAGAUUUUCCAACAAGCUGAUGUCCAAAGCCAGAAACGAUGCAACAUUCAUAUUCAUUGCGCCGAAGUGGGAUGCUGGAAUAGCGCUAGUUUCGCCGAGGAUAUAUUUGCCAAAGUUGCCAACGUAGCUUUCAACCCUCCAGAGAAAGUAAACCAUGUUCCUGGCUCUGAACAUUUGAUUAGCUGUCUGGAAAAAGUCCUUUCGCCACAAGGGCUAGAGGAAAUAAUGAAAGCCUCGCCUCUCGUUGGAAAUAUCAGAUUCAACCGACCCACUUUAUAUCUGUUCCCAGCUGGCCAAGGCGAUUGUGCUUUAUUCGGAGUUAAUGGAUUUAACAUGCUCAUAGAUGGAGGAUUCAACAGGAAACCAUGCUCAUGGGAAUUCAUUCGCCACUUGGACAGACUAGAUGCUGUUUUAGUUACCCGCUUAUGUGAAAAUAAUGUUUGUGGAAUGUCAACCUUAAUGAAAAGAAAAUCUUUGAAUAACACUUACCCUCAAAUAGGCUAUGUCUUCUGUAACAUUGCUGAGAAUAACGUUUCUGCUCCUAAAGACGAAAUGAAAUAUAAAGAUGAACUUAUAAUAAGUGUUGUGGGUGAAGGCCACAAUUUCACCCAUACGUUAAAUGAGUUGAAACUGAAACCUCAUCAGUGUUGGCGGGAUUCUUCGGUAGAACCUUUCACUCUGUACCACAAGGUCGGUCAUGGAACCUUAGAAAUGCAUGUUCUGAGUCCUCCAAAAGACAGCAAAGAAAUGAAGGAAUUCCUAGUUGAAUGGAGUUCUUAUAAAGAAACAUUUUCCAGAAUUAAUUCGAGCUUGAAGUCCAAACACUUAGAAAAUUCUAUUCCUCUUUCUCAUUCUACAUCUAUCUGUGCCAUUUUAGUCUGGCGACCCGCUGAUCCAAAAGACACAAUAACGAGAAUACUCUUUCCUGGAAGCGCCCCUCAAAGCAAAAUAUUCGAAAGCCUAGAGAAGCUGAAAACUCUUGACGUUCUUAAGCAACCGGUGGUAACAAAAGCAUCCCUUAGUGUUGUUGCUGUCACGAAAUCGGUAAAUAAGGUUGAGAAAUCCAUUAGCAAAGCUUCUAUUCCUAACAGAAAGAACACUGCCUCUCCCGCACCAUCUGUUUCUAGUGUUGCCUCUAGAAACGGUGAUAUCACAGGAGUGAAGAAAGAAGUGAAAAAGAUAGUAAAGGAAGUUAAAAAAGACAACAAAGAUAUUAAAAAAGAGGUUGUUAAAAAAGAAAUAAAAAAAGAAUCUGUGGUAAAAGAAGUUAAGAAAGCUAGUACUGCUACUACUACUUCUAUUCCCAAAAAAGAUGCAGCACUGAAAAAAGACACCCCGAAAGAACCCAAGAAAGAAAAUAAGGAUCUUAAACCACUCCAGAAAAAAGAGAACAAAGAUGUCAAAGCUGUAAUCGAUAAAAGAACUGAAGUAAAAAGUGCAGCGAAGAAAGUCGAGUCUACAUCAGCAGUAAACAAAACUGUUAGUGAAGUAAAAAAAUCUACUACAACGGUCAGAAAAAGUACUACACCCGUGAAAAAGGAUGCUAGCAAAACAACUGUGCAGAAGACUUCUGAACUCAGAAAAUCUGCACCUCCUAAAUUGUCAGAUGCAAAAUCCGCCAAAGAUGUAAGCAACAAAAAGACGGCUGAAGCUAAAGCAGUGCCUAAAACAAAGCCAAAAUCUGCGAACUCUACUCCUAAAACUACACCAAAGACAAAGCCUGCCGAAGUACCUAAAACAGGCAGUAAAAUGACUAAAGCUGUUGCUGCCAGUUCUGUCGUUGCUUCUGCAGUUGCAGUUACUGUCGCAGCCUUAGAAUUAAACGAAAAGAACGAAGAAAUAAUUGAAGCAGAACCGGAAGUAGUUGAUGAAUUAAAAGACGGAGAAAUAGUGGAUAAAUCUCAAGAGGUUAACGUCUCCCCCUUGCCACCAGAAGUGGUAUCUCCCACUCCAUCGGAAUCCAUAUCAUUAACACCUUCAGAUACACUAUCGUCAGCACCGUUAGAGACUGUAUCGCCUACUCCUCCAUUGACCAAUGAACCGAUGUCAAUAGAAGAAAAGGAAGUUAAUGAAAUAAAGGAAAUAGAACAAGAUAUAAUGCCUUAUGAAGCAGAAACUACUCAGGAAAUUAUUGAAAAAGCCGAGGAACAGAUAGAAGACUUGGAAGAUGAGCCAAAUGAACUUGAGUUGACUCAUGCCAAAUUGCAAGAGAAUGCUGAUGCAAUGUCCACUUCGUUUAUUGAUACUCAAGACGUUUCCACGCCAGAAAUUGAAGAAGUUAUUAUGAAAACAGAAGUAACAUCUGAGCAGUAUGCUUCCAGCCAUUUUCAAAGUUCAUAUGUUGAAAAAAAUAUUGAAGAAAUCGAAGCUAAUAUUGAAGAUGGAGGAAAACAACUCGAAGUGGAUGAUAAUAUCGAGAAAAAAGAAACAAACCUGAGUGAUAAAUUGGCCCAUCUAUCCAUGGAAGGUAGUUUUUGCGCAGGAAUGUUGCAACAAGAAAAAAUGGAUCUGCCAGAAGAUUCCAACAUUAAAGCUUUAGAAAAUGAGCAGAUACUCAAUGAAUAUGAUAUUAAAGAUGUAGAAUCGAAAAAUGUUGAUUAUCAUGAGAAAGAAACUAUUGACAGUAAAGAAGUUACAAGCCACCUUGGAGAAACUGAGAAAGAAACUAUUGAUAGCAAUGAGGGUACAAUGGAAGAAAUACAAUCUGGAGAAACUGAGAAAGAAACUAUUGAUAGCAAUGAGGGUGCAAUGCGAGAAAGCCACCCUGGAGAAACUGAGAAAGAAACUAUUGAUAGUAAUGAGGGUACAAUGCGAGAAAGCCACCCUGGAGAAACUGAGAAGGAAACUAUUGAUAGUAAUGAAGGUACAAUGCGAGAAACCCACUCCGGAGAAAUUCAGAAAGAAACUAUUGAUAAUAAUGAAGGUACAAUGCGAGAAAACCACUCCAGAGGAAUUGGUAAUGAAGCUAUUGGGGGUUACGAGCUUGAAUACCGGGGAAACAUCUAUGGAAAUGAAUAUCAGGACCUCAAUGAAAGAUUUGAAACGGAAUCUAUUGAUAGUGGCGUGGCUACAAUGCGCGAAGGCCGUACUGGAAGAAUUGAAACAGAACUUAUUGACAAUGUCAUGUUUGAAUUGCAUGAAAGCAUUGGGGGGGAGGAGGAGGAGGAGGAAUCUGAUAAAAGAUCUGUUGAAGAUGAUUUGGAUUCUGACUUGCAGGAAAUCUCUACUGGAGAGACUGAGAGAGAGGUUAUUGAUAGUAACAAGGUGGAAAUGCGGGAAAGCCCUGUAGGAGAAAUCGAGAAAGCUCAUUUUCCCGAAGGGCAUGAAAACUUUAUGGAAGAAAAUAGAAAAGAAUAUGAGCUGGAAAUGCAAGAGAGCUUUGGGGGAAAAUCCGAAAAGGAAUCUGAACCAGAAAUGAAUGAAACCUUUGCAAGAGAAACUGAAAAAGAUCGUGAGCUUGAAAUGCAUGAUAAUUUUGAAGAUAUUCAGAAAAAACACGAAUCGGUAAUGCACGAAAGCUAUAUUGCUGAAGAUGAAACCUUUGAUUGCGCUCAAACAUCCGAAACGAUUGAAGAAUCGCAUUAUGAAACCAAAGAGUAUGUUGAGUUGAAAGAGAAAAAAGAUUCUGACUUGUGCAUUGCAUCAGAUACUGUUGAUAAAAGUAAUCUUGAAAGUGAAUGUUCUACCUCGGAUUUUGAUGAUAAGUAUGUAAAUGAAAUGCAAGAAAAGGAAAUGCCUGAAAAAUAUCACGAAGAUGAUCGCAUUUCUCCUGCUGUUGAUCAACUGCACCAUAAAGAUUACCAUGCCGAACAAGAAUUUGGUCAGCAAGAACUUCAUGCUUCGCCAGUCAGUCACAGAAUGGCCGAUGAUUAUGAUAUACCUCAAAAUAUCAUUGAUGAUGCUGAAAUGCAAGAAUCCUCUGUAGAUGAACCUGAAGAAAUAGUCCGUAAAGAAUCCGCUGUUUCAAUAACACUAAAUGAUAACGAAUUAGGAGUUAAAUAUGACGACGAUUUAAGAAGAAAAAGUUGCACAGAAUCAGAAGACGAUGUGGAUAUCCAAAAUUACAUGAUAAAUGACCGAAAAGAUUCUUUUGAUCAAGACAAAUUAAACGUUAAACGUGAUUCUGAUUCAGAUAAUGAAGAUGUUGUGAAAAGUCCAACGCCUCAUGCAGUAGUCGAUUAUGAGGGACAUAUAGAAGACACCACACAGGAGUUCGAAGCUUCAAAGGAAGAAAAGAAUAUUUCACAGGAAAACACCGCAUAUUCCUCUGAAAAGCAAGAUUUUGAUGAGAAAGAUCGUGAUUCGGCUGAAGAUCAAGAGGAUGAUGACGGCGAAAUGAUCAGACAUCCCACACCUCCUGAAAUGAAAUACUCGGAAGAUGAAAUGCGAGAUCCAAUUGGACAACAUUAUAUUACUGCUCCAGGAAUGAAAUCUCAAGUUCCGGAUAUAGCUGAGCAACCCUUAUAUGAAGAAUCCGAAGAUGUCGGAUCUGAAAGGUCAGUUAGUCCAGUAGUUGAACAACCUGUCUUCGGAAAUGUUGUACAGGCUGAUUAUCCUGAACUUGUGACUGUAUCUGGAGGAACAACGCCAUCUGAGCCCCAAUCUCCAAAAACUGGUUUCGAUUCGAAGAAAAUUGUAUCCGAAACCGCUGUUAUGGAGGCACUGAGUGAGCAUGAUUGCUCUGAAAGUUCAGCGCAUAGUCCUUUAAUACACGAUUCCGCUAAUGCAUUUGACCUACCUGUUUCAGAAGAAACUUUCCAAAAAGAGGAAUCGCAAGGUAUGACUUUCACAGACUUGCGUACUGAGGAACCAAUGUUUGUGAAAGAUCAAGCACUACCAAGUGAACAUGAGCCAGUUUUAGAUCACUCUGCACCAAUUGAUGAUAAAUUAGAAAAACUUCAAAGUGCGGAUUACGAUGUACCUUCUGAUGAGGAAUCGUAUAGUCACGACAAGUCAGAAACUAAAAGCGAAAAAUCAGACGGGGGAGAUGAUGAGAAAUCAGACUUCCAUCGCGAUGACAAGUCAGAUAAUCAGCAUGAUGGAAAAUCUGAUAUUAUGGAUGAUGACCAGGCCGAAAGGAAAUCAGACAUGCAUGACGAUGAUCGAUCUGAUUCCCACUAUGAUGAUUUCGGAGGUAAAGAGACUGGCAGUUAUGAAUUUCAUGAUGAAACUCGAUCGCAUGCUACUGGAGAUGAACAGAUUGAAUUCGAUGAAAGUCAUAAAUAUGACGCUCAUUUUGAAAAGGAUGGAAUGCAAUCUAACAUAGCUUACAAUACAUAUGAGGCUCAUGGUGAAUCAGGAAUUAAUUACGAAGUUUCUUAUGAUAAUGAAAUCCCAGUAGUACAAGAAAAGCACGGUGAAGCACCUCGCGAUUUCACACCCGACAUGCUAGAUGAAAAAUUAGAUUAUAAAGGUAAUGUUAUCGAUAGUGAAGUCGAAUCGCAUUUGCAAUCUACAUAUUAUGAAAAUGCAGAAUUAGAAAAUCAAGAAAAUUUUAACAUCCCUUCAGAUUUCCGUGAUGAAAAGUCAUAUUACGAUAAUUAUGAAACCAACAUGACAUCAGAUGAUAGACCCGAUUCAUAUUCACCAAAUAAGACUGAGCCAGUUGCAAAUAAAGUGGACAUGGAACAAUUCGAAAUCAGCGGAAACAUUGAAAGUGUGGGUGAUAAUCAAACAGAAAUGCAUUCCAAUGAAAUUCCAAAUGUUAAAGACAUUCCUGAGCACACCACUAAUUCCCAGUUUGAAGGCCAUGAAAGCGAAGAGAUUGGAAUUACAAAACAUGAAGAAUUUCAGUCCACAAAUGAAUCCACUUUCUCUGGAGAUGUAUCGCAGGUUGAAAGCUCAUACAAAGAAUCCAUUUAUGAAGCAGCUUCAUCGCACUUAACUGAUGCUUAUGAUGAUAUUAGCCCUCAACAUUCUGAAAACUUCUCCGGCUUAGAGAACAAAGUUUUAACUGAAAUGACUGAAGCUAAGCAAUACGAAACAUUAUCCAAAUUUGAAGAGAAUGUUCAUACUUCAAACGCUACUUACAGUGAAAGUUCCUUAGUUACAAACACUGUUUCUGAUGAAAAAGAUUCCCAUGUAGCUGUAUCUGAAGCAUCCGAUUUUGACAAUUCGAAUUAUAAAUACGUUACCGAAGAAACGACCCAUUUGACUUCCGACAAGGACUUCGAACAAGCUACGAUCUAUCAGCAGCAACAUGCAUCAUAUGGAGAAACCAUUGAAACAUUUUCAAAAGAAUAUUCGAGUUCCUUGCAUAUGGCUACAAAGGAUGGAAUUGAGGAUCAUUUCGGUCACCCAACUGAUUUUACCUUUGCUGAAAGCAUGCAUGGCUUCGAAGAAUCCAAAUUUGGCAAUCCCAAUUCUGGUCCUGUAGGAAUUCUUUCCCACGAAGAAAGUUAUGCAACUCAAACUUCUACUUUCGAAAACAGAACUGAUAACCAAGAAACUGUAUCAUCUAGUUUCAGUGAUUCCCGAGAAAAAUUGGAAGUAGCAUCUGAAGAGGGAUCCACAUUAGGCUUAACCAAUGGAAAAGAUCAGACGUCUUGGAGCCAUUCAGAAUACACUUCUCAAUUCGAAACAAGCUCUUCUUCCGUAAUUGAAACUCAUACAAGCUACACUACGAGCUCUGAGCAACAAGAAACUGAGUAUAUAAUCAAUUCUAGAUUCCAUUCCGAUUCUCCUGAAGAUAAUGUAAUGCGUAGUGAUUCAUCCCCGGAUGUCCCACCGUAUCCAGUGAAUUCUGAUGGCCAGUUAGCCGACUUAAAAAAUUCAGUUCUUGGGGAAUAUAAGGAUGAAUACGCUAACAUAAAUUUGUCCAAUGUCAGUGGAGCUCCUCUGUCGCCCAACAAAGUUCACAAUGCUAAUCGGGAUAAUCCUUAUGGAGAGUCUUCUGAAGAUGAAGAUAGUACUUCAGUUCCUGGAACAGUGUCACCCUAUGCUUACACCAAUAAAGCUUACGCUAAAGAAGAAGAGGAUGUAGAUGGAAACCACAUUUAUAAGGAAUCAUUUGCAAUGGAGAAGACUGAAAUCUUAAAGGAAUUCGAUGGGAAUAAUCCACAAUCGGUCACCACUCACCAAAUGUCUUAUUCUCAAGGUUACCAAGAAACCACUGGAGGCGAAACAAAUUAUGAUUUUCACCUCGAAGAAUGGGGAAAGCCCAUGGGUCUGCCCACACCACCAGACAGUUCUAAUAAAACAGCCGUGAAAAAGGCUGACAAGUCUGCUAGUAAAACAAAAAGUGCUAUUGAUACUAAUGGUAAAGCCUAUGCUCUUUCUGUUGCCUCUAAGCUGUCUUCCCCACUCAAGAAGCCUAAACCUAAAACAACCAAAGAAUCAAGCUCUGAUCCUGUUUAUGUUGAUCUGGCGUAUGUUCCUCAUCAUGGAGAUCCACAAUACUGCGAUGUAGAGUUCUUCAAGAAAAUCCGUGCGAGAUACUACGUCUUCAGUGGUAUCAAUCCAAGCAAAGAAGUGCUUAAUGCACUUCUUGAAGCCAAGAAAUCCUGGAAGGAAGAUUUAGAAGUUACUAUUAUACCCACGUACGAGACGGAUACUUUGGGCUACUGGAUGGCCCAAAACCAGGACGAUUUGGCGACGUAUUCAAUUGAGGUGGCUCCGUCAGCCAGUAGAUGUACGGUGAACCUUCAAGAUCAUGAAACAAGUUGUGCUGCUUAUCGCUUAGAAUUUUAAAAAAAAUUGAAAGACUUUUUGAACGUUUUUAAACAUGCUUUUGUUGAAUGGGUGCUUCUUUGUUAGCUUUCAACCUUCAGGAAAGAACUUCUCGAAUCAAAUGAACUGGCUAAUAAAAAAAUAAGAUAAAUGGAAACUUCUAUUUCUCAUACUAAGGCCAAUUCUUUAUUUUCUGUCAUUAAAAGAGUAUUUAACUCUAAAGGAACCUUUUUUAUUUUAUUUUGAUAAUGAAUUCGGUGAUAUAUAUUCAAUUGCUUGACAGAUUUUCAGUUUGUUUUUUAAAGUGGAAUACAGAUUUUUUUUAUUCCAUUAUCUUUUAUCUGAUGAUUUAAAAACCACAUGAACUUGAGUGUCGUCUACUGUGCAGGCCCGCUUACUUAAGGCAUAUUUUUUUAUGGAUUUUUUUCCUCUUAAAUCCUGUAUUCCACUUUGGAAAACUCCAUUUAGUGCCUAAUUGAAAAUAAGUGAGAAAUUUAAUGUAAAAGAAUUUACAAGAGAAUUAUCAGAUGUUAGUUUAAGAAUAUUUCCAGCUUUGUAAGCCUUGUUUGCUUCAGUUUUUUCGAGGCAAUGUUGAAGAUAAUUCUUGGAUUAAAAAAAGUAAUAUUUUAUUCUAAUGCUGUUCAUGAUACACUCAAGCAAAAUUAUUGAUAUAUGUGUAUGUGUUCGAAUUUUUAUUGGAAAGUCAUUUUAUAUGAAUGUACGAGUUUGCGAUGUAUAUACUAUUUAACUUGUGAUUCUUUUUUUAUGUAUUUAAGACGAGUAUUAUUGCUGAUUAGCUUUGUGUUUCUUUUGUGUGCUUAUAUCUGUAGACUCCAGUAGCUUAUAUUUGAGAACUUUGUUUUGAAAUUAUGUAAUUCAUAUUUUGUCAAUGUAAACUUUUCUUCUUUUUUAAAAAAAGUAUAACUUUCUAUAUGAAAUGGUGUGUGUCUUAAAAGCUAAUUUGCCAUUGAUUCAGUAAAAACUUGACCAUUUCGCAAUCUUCACAAUUCUGAAAUUUAAGUCUCUAGUGAUGCCAUUUAAAAAAAAUAUUUUAUCUCAUGCAAUUUUAAUCUUUCUGAGUAAAUACUCAUAAACUCCGAUUUAAAAAUUCAUAAAUUUAAAAUAAUGAAAAAUUUUAAUCUUUUUUGUCACUGGAUUUUUUAAUUUUCAGUAUUUUGUAAAAAAAAAUAACAAUUCGGAAUGUGAACGAUACAAAGGGGAAAACUGUGCCUUUUUGAAGCUAUAAAUAAUAGGAAUAUUACCCACUAAAUAUUAUGGCAUUUUUCUUAUUAUUAUGGAAAAUCUUAUUUACAUUUAAAUUAUGUAUCAUUUUAAAUUACAGAUUCAAAGUUUUUAAAUAUUUAUCAAGCAAGAGAAUUUUAUAGUUUUAGUAUUCUUUAAAAAUAAAAUGGUAUUUAAUUUUGAAAUAAGUACUUUUAAUUAAAAUGGUUCUACUUCAAAAUGUAGGAUGAGCAUAUGAGUGCAAUAUAUUACGAAUUAAAGAUUUUGAUUAUAUAAAAAUUCAGCAUGUUAAAAUCUUUUGUAUUAAUGUCUAAUUUUUUUAUAUUUUUUGAAAAUGUUUAUUUUUUAUGCAUGCAGAAUUUUAGAACUAGUCACUUUUUACUCAUUGAUGUAUUUUUCAAGUUUUGUAAAAAAAAAAAAAAUCUCCAAGUUUAUGGUUUUGUUUUCUUUAGAACUUUCCAAAGAAAUCCAUGUUUAUAUGCACAUCCUAUUUAUCCAUUGAAAUAAUAGGCAACCAUUUUAAUUUUUUUUGUCACUGGAUAUUAAAACUUGAAUGCUAUUCUAAAUUGUUCCAUUUCAACAAAUGAAAUUUUUUGAAUAAAAUUAUUUUUAAGUUGCAAUGACUUCAGCGAUAUUUAUUUGUAUAUAUAUAUAUAAUAUAUGUACUUGAAGUUCCGAAUUCACUUUAAUCUGUAUUUUAUCGCGAGAAAUCUUCCUGAACUUUUUUUUUCUUUUUUGAAGUUUAGUUUUCUGUAACUUGUCUUAAAACAGCAUCUGAAAUCAUGUGUCAAAAAUGUCUUGACCAUGCAACAAUAAUUUAAUGAGAAUUUUUUUCUACCAUUUUUCAACAAUCAUUAUUACAAAAUUCAUAUUUACGAAUAACAACUUUGAGGAAAUGAAAAGUGUUUCGAGAACUUAUGUUGGAAAAGAAACAUUGUCAGCUAUUGAGCAGGGGAAAUCAGAAGUCUAAAGCUUCAUUGCUUAAAUUUAGUUUUUUAUUUACAAAAUAUAGUUCUGAUACUAUUAAACUGAAUUACCAUUUUUUCCCCCUUUAAUUUAAAAAACGCAGUUUAUUUCAUUAAUUUAGUGUUUCGAUGGUCUUCUGGAAGACGAAUUGUUGCUAAAUGUUUUGUGAUUCAAUUAAUAGAUUGAAGAUCAAUCAUUAAUCUGCAGCAUCAAAUGUUGCAAAAUCUGAGCAGUUGAGUUGCAUGCUUUACCUUGAGCAGAGCAGAUUGUUUAACUCUACACUGCUUACUCAGAAUUUAAUCAAAUCUUGAUGUUAACUUGUAUGUUAAAAGCAUACGCAACAUCCGCCAUUUAAUCUUUCAUUUCACAAUUAUCGCGGAGGACACAUUUUAAAGUAUUUUGUAACGAUUUUUUAAUGUCUUUUACCACUGGCAUGAUUGUGUGUUCUUCAUCUGCAUGAAGCUUUUCUCCAUUUACUGUGUUAACAGGAUCAUGCUUACGAACAUAAUUUCCAUUUUUUUCUUCUUUUUUUACUUCCUUCGCAACUCACUUGGAUGGUGAAUUAACAUCUUUUAGGCCUCUUCAGAUUCGAGCUGCCUUCCAAUUCCAACUCUCGAAUCUAAAUCUUUUUUUUCUAAGUUUGCAAGCGCUGUUAAAUAUGGUUCCCAAGUACAAGGGGGUUAUAAUAGAACUUCCCCUAUAAAGGGCAUCCUACAACGCAAACGGGUGAACGAAUUGCAACGAAAUUUGGUAUAUAGACUAUACACGAGAUGCGCUCACAGGAUUUCUAGAAAAAUUUUAUUGCCAAAACGUCCACCAGAGGGCGCCUUUUCCGGAAAAACAUUAAUUUUAACACAAUAAACGACCAUAACGGAAUACAGAAACAAUAUUAACAUUUAUUGACUAGUUUCUGACCAUCUUGUCAUCGAACCACAUUAAGUAAAGGUAAGGAAACAAAAUAACAGUUGAGCAGAAACAAGAACAAAUUAGAACGAAAUUGCACAAGAGGAGCAGUUAUUAUCGUGUCCAAGAUGAUGUAGGAAAAGAUGCUUCAAGUGAUCACCCUCAUUCACUGUACAAUAUCAAGUCGACGGACAGUGUGUUCAACAGCAGAUUGUAACUGAUCAGUUGUGAUGCUUCGCACAUGAAGCGUUAUGGAGCUCUUUAAGUCAUUCAACGUCCCAACAAGAUACCGUCAUCAUUACAGCCAGAAACAUCGGCAUAAAACAUGAUGACGACUGCAAACGUUUCUUAUUUUAACCUGUUUUGCAUAAAGCUUUCUCUUCGCAAGCAUGCGAAUCUCGGCAAUUUUUCUAGAACUGACAGCUUUUCCCAGUUUUACAUUUUAUAACUCGUAAUUCUUGUUCUGGAUUGUUAAUAUUAUUUAUGUAUUACGUUUUGGUCAUUUAUUGUGAUGAAAUUAAUGUUUUUCCGGAAAAGGUAUCCUAUGGUGGACAUUUUGGAACUAAUUUUUUUUUCCAAAAAAUUCUGUGAGCGCAUCUCGUGUAUAGUCUAUAUACUAAAUUUCGUUGCAAUCCGUUCGUCCGUUUACGCUGUAGGAUGCUGUUUAUAGGGGGAGUUUAAUUAUAACCACCCUUUAUAUAAAGCUUUGAAACAUCUUCAACAGUAAUACUGGCAAUUUUCUUUUAGUUUAGCAUUAGCUUCUUUCACAUUAUAACACUGAAGCAUAAAGUAGAGCGUUUUAUUCCGCUGUUUUUAAUUUAAAUUUCAGAAAGUAUUCAGUCUGGAAUAAUAUUCCACAAGGAAUAAUGAAUAAUUGUCCAGAUUUUUUUUCCAUGCUCUUUAAUUCUCUCAAUAGGUUGAGAAACUAGAGCUGCUUUUCAAUCUCUUAGAAUAUUAUUUUAAAUGCAUAUUUGGGAACCGCAGCAGAACCGGUUAAUUAUUUUUACUCCACGUAUGUACCACGAAAGAUUUUUGCACAUGCUGAGUUCAGGCGACAAUUUCGCUUAGGUGAAACUUAUAUCGUUUAGAAUAUUAUUAGUGUUUUCACUAAAUUAUUUUCAUGGUGAUAUUUAUAUACAUGUGUUUACAAUUUUUAAUCUCUUGCAAAACUUAUGUCCAACAUGUAUGUUAUUCAUAGGAGGCUUUUUGUCGGUACUUUACUACAGAAUCCCUUAGUUCGGCACGAAAUGGUAGAUGACGUUGUUAGAAGACCGUUUCUUCCUUCAUUUUUAUUUCCUUUUGUCUUUUUAUACCGAGAAGGUUAAAUGAUUGAAAAGAGGAUUUCUAGAGAAAUGGAAAUGUGAAUUCGGCUGAAAAUACACCCAUGCAGAAUCCAUAACGUGUUUCAAAAAAAAAAAAAAAUGUUGCGUGGACCACAGCAGUGCUUUAAAUGUAAAAUGUCUGGUCACGCAAAAGCCAGCUGAAAUGUUUGCAACUGGGCUUAUUUAUGUGGAACCUGCAUGGUAUGUAAAUGCCUUGAAUACUGUUAAUGAGCUUUAGAACUACUAUACUAUUCCUUUAUUUAAUUAUUUACAAUUUACUUGCUAGGAAAAUAUAAUAGUAUAACUUAAGUGUCCCGCUUAGUAUGCCAGAUCAAAAUGCUUUUUCAAGCUUCUUCUAAGCAUUUUAUAAUCAUACAGUGCUAAGCAAAAUGUAUGCUGUAGUUUAUAUAGAGAGAAUCUGUGGGUCCAUGAAAAUCCGUAUGUAUGCUGCCCAGAGCUAGAUUGUCUGUUGCAAUGAUGUCCCCGUUUAUGUGUAAUUGUAUUUUUUUAAGUUUAAUCUUCAGAUCGAAUAUCAAAUGCUUACGAAAACCAAUACUCUUAGUCAAUAUUUAUUUCAAAGAGGUGUUCCAGUUCAGAAUGUGACUGGUUGUUUGCACUUUUACUGUUUAGUAUCAUGCAAUAUCACAAUGGGCACUUAACUGGAUCGUACUCAUUGCAUAUCGUACAUAUUUUGAUACCUUAAUACUGUUCUUGGCCCUCAUUAAGCAUGUCUGGGCUAUUUAGAACAAUCAGAUUGAUUGAUUGAUCAAACCUUGCAAAGCAUUUGGUGUUCGAUUUAAUUUGUUUUCAAAUACGUAUAUACUGUGUUACCAACCAACCAACCAAUGUCAAUGGACUUUAUAGUUCCUUCAAAAAGACAAAUGUGAUGAUUUUUUUUAAAAGAAACUUUUUAAUUCUCUCUCCCAUCACAGUGCGCGUCUUCAGCUGCGAUAUCUUUCCGUUUGCUUCUUGUACUGAUGCUCUGUGGGCACUGUGAUUUGUGUGUUGGCACGUUCCACGCAAAAACCGAACGUUGCCCAGAAUGUAAACUGUAAGUUGUUGAAUAAAAAAAAAAUCGUGUACCUCA